GUCACCAUUUUCAUAUCAAAAUUUGUUUCCAAAUUCUAAGUUAACCGCAAAAAGAUAGAUAACCACAAAAGUCCAAACCAAUUGAAAGUGCAUUGCAUAACUGCAUUCGAUUUGAAUUCCAUCUUCAUAUCCGUAUCCCUUUAUCUUGACAAAAUCUCCGGUAAUCUAGUAAUUAAGACGAGUGAGUGAAAGUCAGAGGAUCCAUAGACCAAAGUCAAUGUUUUAUUAAAGCCGCUGGUAAGUUAUCGAAGGAUAAAGGACAAAAGCUAAGAAGGCAGCUCGCUAGCUAGUAAUCGAUUUGCCAUCAAUUGAAUUAGCCCUGGAAAUAUCGCAUCAUAGCAGGCGAUGAUUUUCAUAUUAAGAGUUUGACAGAACCAAGAAAUAUCAAGAAGAACCUUUUUAAUCAGUCUGUGAAUAAAAGAAGAACUUAAAAAGUUUGCAAGUUUGCAGGGGAAUUAUUACAAAAGAUAAAGACCAGCAAAUCAUUUAAGAUUGCAAAAGUGCGAGACAUUAUUGAACUAUAUAUCAGAAUAUAGUAAUACUUAAGAACUAGAAAUAACUUGGAGAAAGCCAGCGCUUCGCAGGAUUGAAGUCCCUUUCUUUUAGACCGAAUCCUAAUCUUCUGUGUUUACCAGAAUCAGGGUAAGUCCCUGAGAAUCAGCACCAACGGCGUCCCAGACAGUUUCCAUAACCGGCCCGGGCAGCGUAUCCGCGGCUCCCCAACCCGAGGCCAUGUCUGAGGUACUCAACCUGGACAGCAUUAUAUCCCGUCUCCUGGAGGUACGCGGCGCCCGACCAGGCAAAAAUGUCCAGCUAACAGAGGGUGAGAUUCGUGGCCUGUGCCUUAAGUCACGUGAGAUAUUGCUGGCCCAGCCAAUCUUACUAGAGCUAGAGGCUCCGCUGAAGAUCUGUGGCGAUAUCCAUGGCCAGUAUUAUGAUCUAUUGCGUCUCUUUGAGUACGGUGGUUAUCCGCCGGAAGCGAACUAUCUGUUCUUGGGCGACUAUGUGGACAGGGGAAAGCAAUCGCUGGAGACCAUCUGCCUGCUGCUGGCCUACAAGAUCAAAUACUCGGAGAACUUCUUCUUGCUGCGUGGCAACCACGAAUGCGCCAGCAUUAAUCGAAUCUAUGGAUUCUACGAUGAAUGCAAACGUCGGUAUACGAUCAAGUUGUGGAAGGCAUUCACCGAUUGCUUUAACUGCCUGCCCGUGGUGGCCAUUGUCGAUGAGAAGAUCUUCUGUUGUCAUGGCGGUUUGAGUCCGGAUCUUACUUCCAUGGAGCAGAUACGUCGCAUUAUGCGACCCACAGAUGUACCCGAUCAUGGUCUACUCUGUGAUCUGCUAUGGUCCGAUCCGGAUAAGGAUACCAUCGGCUGGGGUGAGAACGAUCGCGGCGUUAGCUUUACCUUUGGCGCCGAAGUGGUGGGCAAGUUUCUGCAGAAGCACGAUCUGGAUCUGAUCUGUCGUGCCCAUCAGGUCGUCGAGGAUGGUUACGAGUUCUUUGCGAAAAGGCAAUUGGUCACCCUCUUUUCGGCACCCAACUAUUGCGGGGAAUUUGAUAAUGCCGGUGCCAUGAUGUCCGUGGAUGAUACGCUAAUGUGUUCCUUUCAAAUUCUCAAGCCGCUUCUACGCAAAAAGUAGAUUAAGGACCCUGAAAUCAGUAGACAUAUUAGGAUUAUGACUAUACUAUAACCAUUAGCCAUCAUUACACAUUGCAUACCUCACUACAGAUACCUCUUCAUACACAUCAACUCAACUUAUGAUUGCUAGACUCUUCUGUCGUACACCGGAUCGAAGGAUAGCCCCGGCAUUAACAUGGAUAUUGAUGGAACUCGAUGUACUCAUGGUUUUAAUCCGCAUUUCGGUUGGUCCUUUCGUUGUGAUCGACAUGAAAUUGAGACAUGGCAUGUCAAAUUUAUUGAUUUAUAUGGGAAAUAAAUUUGGAUGUCAACGAAAA